GGAUUGGAACACGUCAAUCACAUGAUUUGGAGGGGAUUGGAACACAUGAAUCACAUGAUUUGGAGGGGAUUGGAACACGUCAAUCACAUGAUUUGGAGGGGAUUGGAACACGUGAAUCACAUGAUUUGGAGGGGAUUGGAACACCUGAAUCACAUGAUUUGGAGGGGAUUGGAACACGUGAAUCACAUGAUUUGGAGGGGAUUGGAACACCUGAAUCACGUGAUUUGGAGGGGAUUGGAACACCUGAAUCACAUGAUUUGGAGGGGAGGGGCUCAAUACUUUUGGCAAUAUAAUUUGCAGUGAUUGCUUGGAUUGCUUUGCUAUGGUCUGGA